CUGGCCGUGGGGCCGCGAAAAUUCAAAUAGUAUAGAGCACGAUCAAAACAAUAAUAAAGUGCCGAUUGCAGAAAAUAAAAAGCCGGGCUGAAAAUCAUCUUUAUAGAAAAAUGGCACUGCUGGCGAGCCUAGUAAAAUUGUCAAGACAACUGGCGCAAAGUGCUCUGCAUUCGUCAUGCGCCUGCAGAAGACCGUCGCUCGCCUCAAGCAGCUGGCUGCCCAUGAGGACAUGGUCAAGUGGGCCAAAGGUGAACCCUGAACCGCAGCAGAAGCAGCACUGCAACGUGGGCACCAUCGGCCACGUGGACCACGGCAAGACCACCCUUACAGCGGCCAUCACAAAAAUCAUGGAGCAGAAGGGCCAGUCCAAGUACACUUCGUACGACGAUAUUGACAGCGCCCCUGAGGAGAAGUCCAGGGGCAUCACCAUCAACAUAGCCCACGUGUACUAUCAAACCUCCCUUCGACACUACGCGCACACGGACUGUCCGGGACACGCCGACUAUGUUAAAAACAUGAUUUCGGGUACCUCACAAAUGGACUGUGCGAUUCUGCUGGUGGCCGCCACCGACGGACAAAUGCCGCAGACCGUGGAGCACCUGCUGCUAGCCAAACAGAUCGGCAUCCAACACAUAGUGGUCUUUAUCAAUAAGGCAGACCUCGUGGACAAGGACACACUGGAGCUGGUCGAGCUGGAGAUACGUGAACUGCUCAGCGACUUUGGCUUUGAUGGGAAUGAUUGUCCAGUGAUCUUCGGCUCUGCUCUUCAAGCUCUCAAAGGAGAGGAAACUGAAUACGGUGUGCCGUCCGUCUACAGGCUGAUGGACGCGCUAGACAAAUAUGUGCCCACGCCUGUGCGAGAUUACAAGUCCCCCUUUGAAAUGCCAAUAGAUAACGUUUUCAGUGUUCCUGGUAGAGGGACCGUAGUCACCGGCACAAUUAAAAAGGGCACCAUCAAGAAAGGUGACGACGCAGUCAUCCUUGGGUUCAACGAGGAGCACAAGACCCAGGCGUCCGGGUUGCAGGUGUUCAAGAAAAACGUGGAGGUCGCAGUCGCUGGUGACAACGUUGGAGUGCUAGUGAAAAACUUGAAGGUGGCCACCCUGGAGAAGGGCAUGGUCCUGUGCGCGAGGAACUCAAAGAAGAUCAGCAACCACUAUGUAGCUAACAUUUACUUUCUCACCAAGGGCGAGGGCGGCCGCAGCAAGCCCAUCCUCGGCAAGUACAUACAGCAGCUGUUCAGUGCUACUUGGAACUGCGCCGUUCGUAUUGACCUGAAGGAAGGCCAGGACAUGUUUAUGCCGGGCCAGCAUGGACAGGUGCUGCUAACUCUGAUCAAGAAGAUGGUUAUGAGCGACGGACAGUCAUUCACCGUCAGGGAGAACAACAAGACAGUGGCUACCGGAGCGAUUGUUAAAACGCUAGAUAGUUUGCACUUCCCUAAUAAUAAACUUUACAAAGCAGAGGUGAAAAAUGACGUAAUCUAAACUUAGGUUAAAAAAAAUAAAUAUUCAGAUUUAAAUA